AUGCAGUCGUAUUCGCAUCUGUAUGAGCCCAUGGCUCACGCAUCUGGCUCCAGCUCACCGCAUCCUACAUCUCCUGGUGGCUUCAAUAUCCCUUACACUGGUUCUCCAUCUGCCAGUCACCUCGGCGCACCCAACUCAGGCUCGGGCAACAUGGCUCAGAAUCCUCUGUCCUUUGGCGCAUUUUACAUCCAACACCCCUCCUCGUCCCAGCCCAACCACGGCCCUUCGUCCAGUCACCACCCACAUCAUCUCGAUGCGUACACCAGCUCUGCAAGCACCCCGCAUCAACACUUUUCGCCCGGCGCCGAUCAUCACUCUUCCUCAAGCGCCUCCGUCGCCGCUUUCUCCAACAGCGGUCGUUUGAGCUGGGCCAAUUCCCCUGCCGACUCAUACCACGGUGUGCCUUCCAAUGCCACCACUCACAGUAGCGGCGCCGAUAGCCAUUCCAGCCUUGCUAACAACAAGUAUCCCUGGGACAUCAAUCCUGCCUCGAUGCGCUCCGAUGCUCCGCAUAUCGGCUCGCCCUACUCCACCUCUGACUUGCUUCACCCUGCCACAGCGAGCGCUUUGGGCUUCGACGACGAUUCCGGCUCAGGAGGCAACGUUCGUCCGCGUGCACGCAAGCGUACUCGAGCAGAGGAAGAGCCGCGAUCGCGUCUUUCCUCCUCCAGCCGCAGCCGUACCCGUCCCCGUAUUCCCAGUGCGCUCUCCAAUGCCAACAGCCCAGCAAGCGACUUCCACCACAGCAUCUCGUCCUACCAUGCCGAUCCAGAGGAGACCGACAUCACGGCUUGGAUCAACGCCGGCGAUGCAGACGACUUUGCUUCUUCCCACGUAGCUGCCGCAGAUCAUUCUCGCCUCUGGUCCUCUUUUGGUCCGGGCAUCCCCAACGACGCCUCCCAUGCAAGCCCUUACCACGGCUCUGCCACCGCAUCAGCACUUCCUGCUUCCCUCUCCAACUCUCGUGCGCAAUCCGUCGUGGGCUCCGAAGACUUCGCCUACCACGCCUCCCCGGCUUUACACUCUGGUCCGUCCAAUCUCGGCCUCAGCGUGUCGCUACAUGACCACGAUGCCGUCGACACCAAAUCCGAAGCAGCUCAGCCCAUUCCAGACGAUGCUGCUCCGGCAGAGGAUGAGCCUCUCUACGUCAAUGCCAAGCAGUAUCAGCGAAUCCUCAAGAGGAGAGCCACGCGCGCCAGGAUCGAGGAGCAGAGGAAGAAGGACUUCCUCGCGUACAUGCACACUCGUGACAAGGCACGCAAGGACGGCGACGGCCUUGAUGAAGACGGCAAGAAACCCUAUCUCCACGAGAGUAGGCACAGGCAUGCCGUCAGAAGGCCAAGAGGUCCCGGGGGCAGGUUCCUCACCAAAGCCGAAAUGGCUCAAGCGGCUGCCACAGCCUCUUGA